AUGAAUUAUAAUGAAAUACAAAUAAAUAAAAAUUUAAUACUAUUAUCCAUUAAAAGUUUAGAAGUUUCAUUUAAGCUGAACGAUGGUGAAAUAAACUCAAAUAUAAACAAUAUACCAACAUCGUUUGAUGUUAAAGAGAAAAUUUUAUCAAUUUUAAAGAAUAACAUUGAAGAUCAACUACCACUACCACCUGCAAAUAUAACUUUAUUAAAACCUAAAACAAACAAUAAACAAAGUGAAGAUUAUAUAUAUAAAUUCAAGAUUGAUAUUAAAUCAAUAAACAAUGAUAUAACAAUUAAUAUAUUAAAUAAUAAAACUAUUCAAUUCAAUGGAAAUAAUUUAAAAUUUAAAUUAAUUGUUAAAAAUAAUAAUAAUAAUAAUAAUAAUAAUAAUAAUAAUAAUAAUAAUAAUAAUAAUAAUAAUAAUAAUAAUAAUAAUAAUAAUAAUAAAAUAAAUUUAAAUUUAAAUUCUAAUAAAAUAAAUGAUACAGUAAUAAUUAAUAAUUUACCAAAAUUAAUAUUUAAUAAUGGAGAUUACAUUAAAUCUAUUUUCAGCUAUUUUGGUGAUAUAAAAAAUUUUGAAAUUUUAAAAGAUGAUUUAAUUUCAAUAAAUCUAAUUUUACAAUUUCAAAAUAUUAAUGAUUGUAAAUUAUGUUUUUAUGAAAUGAUAAAUAAAAAAUUAAUUUAUAGUGAAAGCUUAUCAAAUAAUAAUAAUAAUAAUAUAAUUUCAAUAAUAGAUUAUGAAAUUUUAAUUGAUGAAAAUAAUUAUUUUUCAUUUGAAAAUAUUAGAAAAAGGAAAUUUGAAAAGGAACUUUUAUUAAAAAGAGAAAAAGAAAGAAAAGAAAAGAUAAUCAUUGAAAAUGAUAAAAAAAUAAAGAAUGAAGAGAUUGAAAGACAAAGAAAAGAAAAGAUUGAACAAGAUAUGAAAUUAAAAGUAAAGAAUCAAUUAAUUGCAAUCGAGGAAGAAAUGAGAUUGAAAAUGAUUGAAAUUGAAAAUGAGAAAUUAAAAGAACAACAAUUUAAAGAAAAAGAAAAACAAGAAAGAAAACAAGAAAGAAAACAAUUGAAAAAACAAUUAAAAAGACAAAAAGUUCAACAAGAAUUGGAUGAAAUCAAACAAUUAGAAAUUGAUUAUGAAAAUGAAAAAAUCUUAUACGAACAAGAAUUAUUAGAAAGAAUUGAAUUUGAAGAAAAAUUAAAGAGUGAAAAUGAAAUAACAAUUGAAAAGAUUGACUCAAAAAUUAUUGAUCUCUCAAAUUGGUUAGAUAAAUUUAAAUUAAUUUUAACUAAUAAAUAUAAACGACAACGAAUAAUACAACAAAAAGAUAAAGAAGAAAACAACCAAUUUAAUAGUACAAGUAAAGAUGAUAUGUAUUUAAUGCCAUGGCAGUAUAAAGAGAAUAUUUAUAAUCAUAAUGAUCUCUCAACAAAACCUGUUCAUAUCCCAAGUUUAGUGGUAAAUCCCAAUCAACUUUAUCAUGACCAAAAAGUAUGGGUAAUAAAAGAGAAAAAUGAUGGAAAGGAAAAAGAAGAAGAGAAAGAUACUGAUAAGGAAUUAAAAGAAAAAGAAUUACUGCUAAGAGAACAAAUGUUAAAAAGGUUUUUGUCAAGUAAAAACAAGUGA